AUGCACGUCUCUCUCAGCCGCCCGCUCCAGCUGCUGAUGCUAUUGCACCUCGCAUGCUUCAGCUCCGCGGCGACAACACCCUCGACCGCUGUCGAAGUCGACCUCGUCUUCCCGCGCAACGCCAGCACCUACAAGCCCAUCUGGCCCUUCCCCUUCGUCUUCGCCGUCCGCAACGCCUCGCAGCUCUGGCCCGACAACAAGGACUAUUACAGCUUCUGGGUCAAGUGGGACCUCACGGGGUACGACGACAUCAACGAUGCCGACUCGGGGCAGCUCUUCAGCUCGGGCGUCUGGCAGACCGAGGCCAAGAACAAGACCUCGGACACGUACACCAUCAUCGACGCCUCGCGACGGGACCUGGUGAACGCGACGCAGCGGACGUUCCGCCUGCGGUACACGGCAACCAUGUUCAGCGCCUGUCCCAAGAACGCCACCGGCCAGGGCGCAUCGUCAAAGGCCUACGACGUCUCGUACAACGGCACGGCCCUCUUCUCGACCGACCCCAACGGCCAGAUCCCGUCCCUCGUCGACACCGACGCGUGCCCCGACUUUGUCGGCAGUUUUGAAAUCACGGGCAACAGCCACGACUACGGCGACAUCUGCCCCGUGGUGUCGGACAAGGAGCCCGCGUCCGACGCCUGCGGGUUCAAGAUGGAUGCGGCGCUGGAGACGCAGGUGAAGGAAGCGAUGCUCGCUCGCGCGGACUGUCCGAACGGGACCUGGCCUGACCCUGAGGGAAAGCUCUCCGUGCUGUCCUGUAAUGCGGUCAAGACCAGCGAGGCGGCGGGGGGUGCCACGUUGCUCGGCGGUCUUGUCACCAAGUCCUCGGCGCUCGUGUUGAUCUUGGCCGCAUCUUGGGCAGUAUUAGUCUGA